AUGGCCUUUAUUUCCCAGGCUCCGGAUAAUGCAUCAACUCGAGCGGACGCGAUGACCUUUCUUCAACGCCUAGCCAUCAAUGUGAGAGACGAGCUUCCGCGAAGAACUCCCAUUGUGUGUGUGUGUGUGUGUGUAUCUUGCUAAUCGUGCCUGCAGUUCCAAGUCUUGUCCUCUAUUCAAUUGCUCAGCGAAUUUCAGGUACUGGCCUGCAUCCCUCCCGACGAAGCCAUCAGCUAUGGCGAUGUUGCCGAAAUCGUGGGCCUGCCCGAAGCACAGUUGCGUGCGGUCGUCCGAUUGACGGCGUCGGUGGGCUUCUUGCGCACACCCACGAACGACUCCAUGGCCCACAAUUCGCUGUCGUUCAAGUUUGUCAACGAUCUGGGAGUUGUCGACGCAUUCGGCUUCGCAGCCGAGACUCUGGCACCUUGUGCUCUGAGAAUGGCAGAGGCCUGUCGUGGCGGGGACAAUGCCUAUCGUGUGGCGUUUGGAGCCAGUAGCGACUUCACAACGGACGUCCAGCACCGAUGGCGCAUGCAACGCCAAGCUGCUGCCCAUUUUCGAUUGGCGAAAGGCCCCAGCGACGAAGACGACCCGGAGUGUCACAACCUGCUGUCUCAAUUGGACUGGGCGAGCCUGGCCGAUGCCACGGUCGUCGACGUAAGUCAUGAUCAUGUGCCUCCUCUAGGGAGCAAGACUCAACAUUCCAGGCAGUGUCACUGACGCUAUUGCAUUAGGUCGGAGGCAAAUCUCUAGAUCGUGCUAUCUCGCUAGCUUCGCACAGCCCUGCGGUGUCAAUAAUGGUCCAGAGUGACCAGGCCGCAUCGCUGCCUCCUGUGCCCGCCGAUCUUGCGUCCAGGAUACAUGUCCAAGCUUGUGACCCGAGCGGCGCGCAACACUUUGAGGACGCGAGCGUCUAUGUUAUGCAGCUUAAGUCGCCCACCCUCACUCAUCCGGUUCGAGCCAAGCCGCUGGAUACCAUUGCGCGUCAGCUGGCCUCUCACCUACCCAUUCUGCGCAAGAAUCCGCUCACUCGAGUGGUUCUGCUGGCACGCGUGUUACCAGACGCUCAGGACACCCCAUCUCAGGACAGUGGGAGCAUUACGGAUAUCUCAUCUCAGAGCUUGGCGUCGUACCGGAACCUGACCUUCUCUCAACUCACUGGUGGCCGCGAUCACGAGAGACCUGAUAUUGUCGAUAUCGUGACGCGAACGAGGGACGGGGAGGGGGUCCUGGCGAUUACAAACGAGAUCCGGAGUUCGAAAGAUGCGGGCUUGACCGCCUUUGAGAUUCAGUAUCAUCGUCUGCCUCGAGAUUCACCAGGUGUUCUACCUGUCUAG